AUGGUAAAGGGGACACAAGAAACAACAGGAAAAGCCUUCAGGAAAGUGAAAGCAGAAGUAAGACUGCUGGAGGCGUGGAUUGAAGUCACAACUUUUAUUAUUAACAAAUCAGAAGUUCUUUCCCAUGCUAUGAAUGCCAAGAACUAUUCCGCUGUUAUGGACUGUCCAUACAGUAGCACAAUUGAGACCUUAUUUCUGCUUAGCAUCUUUGUCCAUAUUUUUGCACUUACUGUAACAAACUGUGUGUUGUUGCAGAACUUACAAACCUGUGACUCAGAACCUGAUGUCCACCUUUGUGAAAAUAAAUACUGCCCCUCAGGGGAUGUCACUGGCACAGGAGGUGCUCUGUCAAGCAAGUUGCACAAGGACUCUUACAAAAGCCUAGUGGAACUACUGGCAGAUCUUAGAUUGUCAAAGAAUACAAGUAGAAGAACGCAGCUAAGUCAAAAUAAUAACAAGGAAGGGACAUUUAAUUCCUGGGGAUAUACACAUAAUCAAGUCAAUGCUACUGUGAACAGAGACAUCAGUAAACCUGAAGUGAAAACUGUCUCCGGCUCAAAAGAUAUUUCUUUAAACUUCUUUACUUUUAAUUGUACAUUGGUGGGGGCUCAUAUGAACAAAUAUCAAACUGCAUCUUAUCCAGGAGUGGAGCAGGCAGCGUUAGGAAUCUACUGGACAAAUGGAGAUGGGGAUUUUUGCAAGGCCAGAAAUGAAGCCAUUGCCUCUAGCUCUUACUCUGCUGCAGAAAGUAAUAGUAACGAUACACGAUUUGUAUCCAGGCGGAAUUUGAUGUCAGGAAAAAGUAGUUCAAAGGACAAGCUUUUGACAAAGGAAAGUAAUGAAUCUGAAAGUGAAAAGGCAGAUGAUGUUUUUCCAACUUAUGCUAAAAACAUGACUCUGAACUUAAGACCAAAAACUGCAGAAAACACUAAAGCAGCUUCCUACAAGCGCCAAAAUGAAGAAUUCUCAUACCCUGAUUUUCUUCCAUCACCUUUCAAUAAAUUGGAUUUACAAAAGUUAGCCUUAUCAAAAUGGGAUAACUGGAAGGCUCUCUCUGAUCCACCUCCAGAAGACUCUAUGGUGAAACUAAUAUCUCGUCUCUUGGAAAUGGAAAGAAUGCAGCAUCUAACUGUAUUAAAAGAGAGAAUAAAAGACCUGACUGUCUCUUCCCCUGUUCCAGUUGGCAGUCGACCCAGUUCCUUAAAACCCAUGCUUCAGCUGAAGCAGCCAAGGCCAUCCGAAUCUGUGUGUCCUCAGACAGUUUGUAAUGGAGAUUAUCAAGAAAAAAGUAGAUCCAGCCCUUCUGCUUUCUGCACACUUGAAUGGACCAGCUCAAAAAGCAUAAAGCAGCAUAGAGCAUCUGGUGAUACCGUUAAACGCUCUAAAGUGUCUACAAUUUUGAACUCAAAUCACAUGCUCUCACAGAGGUCUUCCUCAUGUGCACCAAAAACUCAAUCAGCUGUUCAAAUGACCUCAGAGUUACUGCCUCCAAGUACAGCUAUAGCCUGCUCAUUUCCUGAAAAAGACAGUUCAAAAUAUAAAAAGCCAAAGAACAAAAAAAGCCUUUACAAAAAAAAUGUGGGAACAGGUAAACUUUUCCAUUGUCAAAAGGUAAAAGCUCUAUCUACUUUGCCAAAGCAGAAGUGUAGUCAAAGCGACAAAUGGUAAUCUUUUGAAUUCACACUUACCACGAGCAACUCUUGCAUUGUUCAUAGUGAAAUCAUCAAGUAUGUUUAAAGGUAUGAGAUGAAGGUGAUCUGAAAUAGCACUUGAAAAUUUACGCCAAGUGCACUGUACGAAAAACAGUUAUUCGUUCCCCACCUCCCGCUUGCCGGCGUCCAUGACAUCCUUUGUAUGACUUAAAAAAAAGUGUUACACAAGCCAUUCCCUCAGUUGCACCUUUAGCUUGAAAGGGCUCUUGGUACUCAAGCAAUAGGAGCUCAUUAAAAUUGUCAGCUGGCAGGCAGCCCCAUACCACAGACCAUUGGAUUAGCCCCUGCAGCUGCUGCAGAAGUCUUCAGUUUCAGUCAGCUGUUGCCACAGUUGCAACAUCUGAUCAGGAAAGCAGGUCACUGAGCCUUGGGGUGUGGGGGAGCUAAGGAGCAACUAACUACCCAUUCCCUCCCAUUCUUCACCUCCACCAGCUGGGGAGGCCGCCUUUCUGAUAUCUUUGCUACAUUCCUGCCAUGGGGCUGUGCACAUGUGCCCACCCAUAACAUACUACAAAAAUAAAACCUGCCAGAACCCUUAAAGAACACUAUUUAAGUGCAAUGUAAAGGGAGGAGUGGUAUUUCAACAGAGAAGACAGGCUGUACCGCAGGCCAGCUGUCUGAGUAUCCUUGGUGUGCUUGUACAACCUGUGCUGCUAUGUCCUUCAAGCACAACUGUUACCUCACAUAUGUUUCCCUAGGCUGCUGUCAUGUCUCCUGAUUGCAGCAUAGAUGUAUGCAGAAA